GAUCCCAGCCCUCAGUCCCCUUGCAGCUGUCACAAGAACCAGUAGUCCUAACUGUUCCACUCCAGUGCCACCAUGAGCCAAUCUUACUCUUCCAGCCAGAGGGCAUCCUCUUACAGAAGGACCUUCGGGGGGGGCGCCGCCGCUUCCCCACAGUUCUCCAGGGCCUCGUACUCCAGCCGCGGGGCCGGCAGUGCUACCUCUGCUUCCAGGGUCUACCAGGUGUCCAAGAGCUCAGCCUCCCCCAGCUUCUCCAGCUAUCGGGCCAGUCGGGUGGCCCCCCUCCGAGUCUACGGCGGAGAGACCCUGGACUUCAGCCUGGCUGAUGCCAUGAACCAAGAGUUCCUCCAAACACGGACCAAUGAGAAGGCUGAGCUUCAGCACCUGAAUGACCGCUUUGUGAACUACAUUGAGAAGGUGCGUUUCCUGGAGCAGCAGAACCAGACCCUGGUGGUGGAGAUCGAGCGACUGAAGGGCCGGGAGCCGACACGCGUGGCUGAGAUCUACGAGGAGGAGAUGAGGGAGCUCCGCAGGCAGGUGGACAUCCUCACCAACCAGAGGGGACGCGUUGAGGUCGAGAGGGACAACCUGGCUGACGACCUGCAAAAGAUCAAGCAGAGAUUUCAGGAAGAGAUUCAGCAAAAGGAAGAUGCUGAGAACAACCUGGCUGCCUUCAGAGCAGAUGUGGAUGCCGCCACCCUGGCCCGGAUUGACCUGGAGAGGCGCAUCGAGUCCCUGCAGGAGGAGAUUGCCUUCCUCAGGAAAAUCCACGAGGAGGAAAUCCUCGAGCUGCAGGCUCAGCUUCAGGAGACCCAUGUUCAAGUGGAGAUGGACAUGUCCAAGCCUGACCUGGCUGCUGCCCUGAAGGACAUCCGCAGUCAAUACGAGAACAUCGCUGCCAAGAACAUCCAGGAGGCAGAGGAGUGGUACAAGUCUAAGGUUACAGACCUCACCCAAGCUGCCUCCAAGAACAACGAUGCCCUGCGCCAGACCAAGCAGGAGAUGAUGGAGUACCGUCACCAGAUCCAGUCCUACACCUGCGAGAUCGACUCGCUCAAGGGAACAAAUGAUUCCCUGAUGCGCCAGAUGAGGGAGAUGGAGGAGCGCUUCUCAGGGGAGGCGUCAGGUUACCAGGACAACAUCAGCCGGCUGGAGGCGGAGAUCGCCAACAUGAAGGAUGAGAUGGCACGCCACCUUCGUGAGUACCAGGACCUGCUCAAUGUCAAGAUGGCUCUGGAUGUGGAGAUCGCCACCUACAGGAAGCUGCUGGAAGGAGAGGAGAACAGGGUUAGUCUUCCUAUACAAUCAUUCUCUUCAUUGAGUUUUAGAGAGACCAGCCCUGGACAGCACCAGCGCAAGUCUGAGGUUCACUCCAAGAAGUCAGUCGUCAUCAAAACCAUUGAGACCCGUGAUGGGGAGGGUUACGAUUCCUACAAGUAGGGCUCUGGGGCAGUUAGACAGUGUCGUCAGCGAGUCCACGCAGCAGCAGCAUGACUCAAUCUAAACACAGAAGCGGAUGGACAGACGAACACCCAUACACUAUAGCUACAAGCAUGGAUGCUUUACACACCAACAGUACAGAUACACACACACACACACACACACACACACACACACACCGAUGCACGUGAAUCAAGUGCCUUCGACUGAAGCAGCAUGGAUGAGAACGUCUCGAGAAGAAGGAGAGAGAAUGUGAAGGGAAUUCUGUAUUUUUGUAGUUACUGUAGUAUCGAUAAGCAAUAAACUUCAGUGUGCGCUAAAUUGUAAUAAGAUGAAUUUCUUGAAAUGUUAAAUUCUAUCUGUGUAUCCUGUAACGGGAUAGCUAACCCCAUUGCUGUGACAGUAUUGCCAUUGAAGUACUGUACCCAUCACUGCCAGGGCCCAGUCUCUGUAAGGGAUAGCUAACCCCAUUGCUGUGACAGUAUUGCCAUUGAAGUAAAGCAUUUCUAUAUUUGUUACACAAGAAUGUCAAUAACAUGCAUCCCAUGUCACGGCUGUAGAUUCAAAAUAUGAGCUAUCAGUAUGACGAAAAUGUUAUGACCGUGAUGUAUAUCGAAAGUCGGUACAGAAUAGCAUCAAAUAUAGCAUGACAAUGAGUACUUUAAUGAAAAUUGGAUAAGUGAUGUCAUCAGCAAACAAGGUGUGUGUAUCAUGGUAAAUGAUAUUAAAAUGACUGAUUUACAGAA